CUCUCCUGCAUCUCUCUCCUCCCUCCCUUCCUCCCCCCCUCUCUCCCCUCCCUCUCUCUCUCCUCCUUCCCUACCUCCACCCUCUCUCUCUACUCCCCCUCUCUCUCCUCCAUUUCCUGCUCUCCCCUCUCUGCAGGAUGGACGUGGUGAAUCAGCUGGUGGCCCAGGGUCAGUUCAGAGUCCUGAAGGUUCCUCUGGGCUUCAUCAAGGCCUUACAAUGGUUCUUCGCCAUCUUCGCCUUCUCCACCUGCGGAAGUUAUUCUGGGAUGUUCAAGAUGGAGGUGGAGUGUAAGAACCGGACGGACAGCGGCCUGAGCAUCGAGGUCGAGUUCGAGUACCCCUUCAGGCUGCACCAGGUGUACUUCGACGCCCCCACCUGUAAAGGGGGGGACACGGAGCGCUACUUCCUGGUGGGGGAUUACUCCUCUUCCGCUGAGUUCUUCGUCACCAUUGGAGUCUUCGCCUUCCUGUAUGCCACGGCGGCGCUCAGCGUCUACGUCUUCUUCUUCGACAAAUACAAGGAGAACAACAAGGGUCCGCUCAUCGACCUGGGUGUGACUGCGGUCUUUGCCUUCAUGUGGUUGGUCAGUUCUGCAGCAUGGGCUAAAGGUCUGUCGGACGUGAAGACCGCAACCGACCCUGAUGAGGUCAUCACCCUGAUCUCCGCCUGUGAAGUCGAGGGAAACUCCUGCAAGGAAGUCCACGACCCGGUGAUGUCCGGACUCAACACCUCCGUGGUGAGGACCAUAUACCAGAACUUUUGA